UGACCAUGCAAUUAUCUACUAUUUAAAUCACAUUUUUCAAGAUAUUCUUUUAUUCAUCUCUGAUCGAUCGAAUCAGAAAUAAAAAUUAAAUAUAUUUUUGUCUCCUUUAAAAACAAAGUGAUAUGUAGAAUAUUACAAAUAUUUCUUGAAUUGAUUAUAUUUUUUGAUUUAACGCUUGAUCGAAAAACUAAACCUAAGUCAUAGUCUGAUAUUAUCAAUUUACUAACAUUAUUUCAAUGAUAUUCGUGCACUCGAGUUAGUACUAAUUAAUAAAUAAUUACAAAAUAAUCACGUAGAUAUACAAUUUGACUUCAUUGCCUAUAAGAUCGUUUAACGAAAUUCAAAUUUACGCUGUAUUUUUGAGAUGAAAUUCAAUGGAUGCUGAUUGGUUAUUCGUACGUUUGUAAUGGCCGAAUACGUGUAGAAGUAAAUAUUCAUGAAUCUUUGGUUAAUUGUAGAUUCUUAAAAUGAAAAAAAAAAAAGCAAAAAAAAAAAAAAAGAAAAUGAAUAUUCGAAAACGUUAAAACAAAAAAAAAAAAGAAACAAAAGAAAAGAAAAAACGACGACACUUUGAUCAAUAUAACACAAAGAAUAUAUUUUCUUAAUUUGUCCCCUUUUUUUUUCAAUAUCGAUCGUGCUACCUCUAAUGGACGUUUCGAGAACGAUCGAUUUUCAAGAUGGAAAACCUAACAAAGAUAAAGAAAAUAAAUUGACGAUAAUGAUAGUACAUAGGAUGAUUUAUCUUAUCACUUAUCGUCGUUGUAUAAUACACGCUAAAGAUUAACGAGAAAAAAAAUAUCAUCAUAAUAUUGGACAAAUAUUUAUUAAUUAAAAAGUUAAAAUGAGUAAAGAUGCACCUCCACCUGGAUUUAUUCCACCUCCUGCAUAUAACUUAAGUGGUCCACCACCACCAGUACCACCACAACAACAUCAGAACGUGAUAAUCGUGCCUGGUAUCUCUUUUGGAUCAACUACACAACAAAUGACAUGCCCAUAUUGUGGAAGUAGCAUAUCCACUUGUGUGGAGAGUGAAUCCAACACAAAGACACAUUUAUUUGCUCUGAUACUUUGUCUUGUCGGAUGUUGGUGUUGUGCACCCAUACCCUAUUGUAUGGAUAGUUGUUUAAUACAGAAGCAUUAUUGUCCAUCAUGUAGAGCUUUCUUAGGACAAUCUAGCAAUUGAUUUGACUUAUUAAUACAGAAAUACAUGCUGUUCUUCCUUUUAUCAUUCUUUUAUUGUCUUAUCUAUUUUGAAUAGAUAAAGAAUCUGUUUUAUCUUUUUUUUCUUUUAUUUUUCUUCUAUUUAUAAAUAUAUAUUCCUAAACUGGAAACUAUAAAGAAAGUUCUAUUAAUUGUGAACAAUCGUGCUUUCUAUCUUAGAAAUACAAUAUCUAACCUUUUUGAAUAUCUUAAAUAUAUAAGAAUUGAAAAAUAAUUAUUAUGAUAGUAUAUCUAUAAGUAUUGUUUGUGAUUAGAUAAUUUGUUAUGGAUUCCUAUUAAUACAAUUUCACACACAAAGAAUAAUGAAUUUCUACUUAAUGUAUAGAACCGUAAAUUUGCAUUCAAUUUUAUGAUACUGUUAAUGAUUAAAUAUAAAAAUUUGUUAUAUAAGUAAAAAAAAAUAUAUAUGUAUAUAUUAAAAUUGGACAAAUAUAUAUAUAUAUAUAUUAGACAUAGUUUAACCAACAAAUUCUAAAAAUUAUUUCUGCUUGUAUACUUUCUUUAUUAUUUUGAUACGGUAAAUGCAUAUAUGUAUAUGUGUGUGUAUCUAUAUAUAAAUGGACAAUGGCAGUAUGACCAAAAAUUUUAAGUAAUUAUAAAACUAAAGAAGCUUUGACGCACAAUAUAUUAAUGCCAGCUAUAUUUUCUGUAAGAGUAUUUUUUUUAUUGCUUUUUAGAGAGAUCACUUAAUUCAUGUAUAAUUUUCUUUUUUGUUUUUUUUGAAUAAAGCAUAAUUUUUGCAAUAUUAAUUUUAGAA